AUGGUGGGCAGUGCGGGCAGCGCGGAGGGCAGCCAUGGUGUUGGGGGGUGGGGGGCGCUGGUGGGGCGCGCCCGGACCGCCCUCGCCUCGGCCCUCGCCCGCCGGAGUAGGUCGGCGGACAAGGCCGAGGCGACACCGCCGGCGGGCACCAAGGCGUCCUCCACGGGCAUCCUGAAGGCAGAGCGACCCGCGCCCGCCCCCGCCCACCAGCGCCCGGCCUCGCCCUCGGCGGCGCGCGACGACCAGGCCGCCAUGAGGCCCCAGCAGUACGAGGGCGUGCCCAUGCGCGAGUAUUUGCCGCCCAGCCACCACACGGUGGGCGUCCCGGUGCCGGACAUCCCCCUGUCGACGGCGCGGCGGCCGCCCGCAUAUCCACACGCUCGGCCGCCGCCACGUCGCCCCGCAGCAGCUGGGGCGCGCCGGACCCCGGGACCCCCGCGACGGCGACAGGGCGCUGCUCCCCGGCGGCGCCCGCCACGUCCCCCACGCGGCGUCGACCGGCACGCGGACGCGCCCGCCGGCGCACGGCGGCUUGGACGCCGCCUGCAGCAGGUGGGCGGCAGCGGCGACCUGAGCGCGGCCGGCGAGCGGAGGGCGUACGCGAGCCUGGACCGGCGCAGCGGCUACGGCAGCAGCGAGCGCCGCCUUGCCCCGGGCAGCAGCGAGCGCCUCUACUACGACCACCCGCAGCAGUAUCCCGCCCUCGGGUCGCGGGCGCCCUCGCGCGCCGCCUCGCGCUCCGUCGAGAGCGUCCGCAGCGACCGAUCCGCCGCCCGAUCGGACCGACGCGCCGCGGUCGGAUCGCCACGCCGCGCGACGACGGGCGCGGCUCCCGCUCCAGCCACCGCUCCGGCAGAGCCCAAGGCGGAGCACCGCCCGCGACGACGACGGAGCUCGUCGCCGCCGCCAGGAGGGCGCAGUCGGUCCGGAAGUGGCCGGAGACGGCGGCAGGGCGAGCCGAGCGGCAGCGAGACGAGCCCGAGGGGGGGCGCCGCGCCCUCCUCCCCCUCGUCGGCAUACGGCUCCCCCUCGGGCGUGUGGACCAUCAGCGGCCGGCCUGGCUUGCAGUCGGCGCCCAGCCCCGUGCAGCCCCCGCCGCCCACGCCGCGCGGGUGGCGCGACGCCCUCGCCGAGGCCGUGGACAGGCGCGACCUCGCCCCGCUGCGGGCCGCCCUCCCUUCGGCCGAGGAGGUGGUGCUGGCGAUGGGGCGAUCGCAGGUAAAGUGCUCCGCGAGCCACGUUGUAGCCUAA